AUGGCAAAAUUCUUCAAAAUUUUAGCUUUGAGUGGAAUCUACGCUCAAGGAAACGGUAAGAACAGCGGCUCUGGAGACGGCUCUGGCGAAGAACCGUGUGAGUACACCUUCGAAACGAUGACUGAAAUCAUCUGCAACCCUCAAAGCCGUGGAUUGAGAAUUUCCAAGUGCGGACUGGAAACGACUCCAUUUUCGAUCGAUGACUUGUACAUGGGUUCCGAGUCGUGCACCGCUACCGACGCCGUCGAUGGCGACGAUGGCUGGUGGAACUUUCUCGCUGACACCGACAACUGCCCGGCGAAUCGGCAAGUCAACGCGACUCACGUGGCCUACGAAGACCACAUCCUCGGCUCCAUCGGAAGGGCUCAUUCUGGCAUCACUCGCGUUAGAAACUUCGACGUCGAGUUCAACUGCGACCUCCUAGUAGACUACAUCGUCUCUUCCCAGAAAACAGAAACAAUUCUUCACUACAUCGAAAUGAGCAUGGGCACAGAGCUUGGAGUCUUUCCUGUGACCAUGGCAAUCUAUGAGGAUAAUUCAUUUAGCUCAGAACUCCCAGCGGAUUCCAUCAUUACAGUUCCAGACCCAGUACACAUUGCUGUCCACGUGAAUAAUGAAGGAAGUCUUAACAUCGUCACUAAAAUUGAAGAAUGUUGGGCAACUCCAAGCGCGGACCCAAAUGACUCAAUCUUCUUCAAAUUUAUCGAGGACGGGUGCGGUCUUGAUUCCGAGCUCUACGAAUACGAAACUCUCGAGGUCUUCUCAAAUGGCGAGGAGACAUCGGCGCGAUUCAAGAUGGACUCUUUCUUGUUCAUGGCACAAGAAGACGAUGGCGGAGAGCAGAUCUUUUUCCACAGCAGCGUCAGAUUAUGCGAUACAGACAUUGAAAAUUGCGCUCCAACUUGCGAAGAACCAGCUUCAUUAGAAGAAUCCUCUGAAGAAUCUGCUGACGAAACAAUCGCAAAGGGAAAGUCGUAUGCAACGAAAGAAAAUGAGCCAGAGGAGUUUUUGUCGACAGAAGCGCUGGUUUACAAGAAAAUAAUGGCAGAUUAUGAUAGCGAUGUUCGCCCGGGAAAGACCGAGUACGAUGGUGGGCCGAUAAAGAUGACGCUCGAUUUGUACUUGAUGAGUUUGCUGGGCAUUUCCGAAAAACAGGAGCAGAUGAUUACUUCUGGCUAUACCACACAGAGCUGGUACGAUUUUCGUCUCUCUUGGAACUCUACAGAAUUCAACGGACUAGGCAUAACAAAUACAAAAGCAUCAGACCUCUGGAAACCGAAUUUGAUUCUGUACAAUUCUGAUGACGGCGCUUUCAAAGCUUACAUUCAAGAAACUAGGGCGCUUAUCAAUUCCAAUGCUUACAUUCAGUGGCUACCUCCAGCGCUGUUCAAAUCUUCCUGUUCAAUGGAUGUGAGGCUUUUUCCUUUCGACAGACAAAUUUGCAAUAUUACUUUUAGUUCGUCAACUUAUGAUAAGAGAGAUUUGGAAUUCAGCUACAGUGAAUCGCCCUAUGUCGUUGUCGACCCCGGCUUCAUGGAAAGCGAGUGGCAUCUCAAGUACUGCCCAGCAUCAAUUUCCGUCCGAACAUCCGAAUCUGGGGAGGAGUUUUCACAGUAUACAUUCUCCCUCUUUUUGGAAAGAAAACCGCUCUUCUGGAUCUUGAAUAUUAUCAUUCCGAUUAUGCUUAUGUUCUUCCUAUCUGCCGGCGUUUUCUAUCUUCCGGUGGAUUCUGGAGAAAAAAUGACCCUGUCGAUUUCAAUUCUCCUUGGUCAAACUGUCUUCCUCUUUCUCCUGGCUCAAAGAAUGCCCGAAACAUCACUGACACUUCCGUUGAUCGCGUUGUACCUUCUGUUUACCAUGUGCAUGGUCACGGUUUCCGUCAUUUUGUCCGUCGUCGUUUCAAAUAUACAUUACAGAUCUACGUCAACUCAUAUCCUUCCAGGCUGGAUGAAACGGUUGUUCAUUCUGAAGAUCGCACCAAAAGUCGGGCUCUACCGACCUAAUAUCGAAGGAAUAAUCCUGCCGACUGACAACAAGCGACGAAAAGCUCAUUCUGCGGCGAAUUUCGUCGACGACAGCUGUUUCACCGCCGAUCAAGACGAAGGAGCGUAUCCCGCGCCUCGAUCCAGUCGGGCAAAACCACUGGCGAAAGAGCUAAAGCCGGCGAUAGAGGCGAUUCAUUUUAUUACCGAAAAACUUCGGCUAGAGGAUGAGCAAGAAAUGGUGGAGGAAGAUUGGAAGUACAUUGCGUUGAUUAUUGAUAGAUGCUUGUUGUAUGUUUAUACAUUUAUCUGCGUCGUUGGGACUAUUAUAAUUUUCGCACAGAAAAACUUGAAAACGGAAGAUCCGGCUUGGGUCCAAGAUGAGCUCUGCAAGACUUGCUACAAUUUUCCCGAAACGAACUGUUGA